GGCGCAUUUGCUCUCACCGGGCCAGAACUCCAUGACUACUAUGGCACGAUGCUUCAAGAUCUAAAGGACCGCGAUCCUCGUCUCAGAACUCCUUUUGAGUUCAGUCCAUGGGCGUCUUGCUGCUUCAACAUGGGCAAGCAAGUUUGUACAUACCGUCAUCGCGAUCACCUCAACUGCCCGUUUGGGUGGUGUUCAAUAACCGCACUGGGGCACUUUGACCCGCGCAAGGGGGGUCAUCUUGUUCUCUGGGACUUGGGCCUUGUAGUCCAAUUCCCCCCAGGUUCAACGAUAUUCAUCCCAUCAGCCCUCGUUCGCCACUCAAAUUUACCAGUGCAGCCGGGUGAGACUCGAUAUUCUUUUGUGCAGUGGUCCACAGGCGCCCUUUUCCGGUGGGCUGAGCUGGGAUUUCAGCCGGCAUCCGUCUUC